AUGCAAAUCAAAGUGAAGACAUUGACUGGGCGUGAUAUCCCCGUCGACAUCGAGCCUACUGACAGAAUCAUCCGUAUCAAGGAAAUGAUGGAGGAAAAGGAAGGUAUUCCUCCUUCACAACAAAGAUUGAUCUUUGUUGGAUCUCAAUUGAACGACGAUAGUUCUGUCCAAGAAGCGGGAAUAAGUGCAGGCGCUUCCUUACAUUUGGUGUUGACUUUGAGAGGUGGUUCCAAAUAA